AUGCGCCGUGUGUACGCCGUCUCGCGCCGCCGGUGGCUCUCGUCCGCCGCGUCCCAGCUGGCCAUGGACCCGUGUCCGAGCGACGGCGGCUAUGAAGAGGACGCGAGAUGCGUCAUCCGCCUCGAGGCGCUGCGCCAGCCGCCAGCACCCGAGCUCGUCGAGGACCUCAAGGCCGCGCGUCGGGAUGCGGCCACGGGUCGCUUCGUGCAUCCUGCGCACUGGAAGUACGAGAUGACGACGCUCAUGGACGUCCUCAAGUGGAAGUGGAACGCGACGGGCGAAGGCCCGUGCGUCGGCGGCUCGUUCUACUUUUCCGGCGACACGGCCUACUGCUCGUCCUUCAAGGCGAUUGGUCACCGGUUCGGCGAAUUCAGCGUCUCGGCCAUUCCGAUUGGCGCGUACGGACCGCGCGAAGUACUCCACAACCAGCACUGCGACGUAGCGCAAGCGAUCCAGAUCCACAAGGACGUUUCGAGCCGGUCGUCGCUCGGGAUUCACUGGGGCACGUGGGUCCUCACCGACGAGCACUAUCUGGAGCCCAAGCACGAUCUGCAGCGGCUCAUGGCCGACGAAGACGACGCCGAUGCAUUCUACACCCUCGACCACGGCGCGUCACGGAUUGUGCCGUGGCGACUGUAA